CAGAAAGCAUUACUAUCAGUGGUUCUACAGUUACCAUGAGUAAUACUCAACCAUAUUGCAUCUAAUCCACUGGACCACCGCUGAAAACAGUAUUCUGACUUGACAGGUCUUUUUCCACCUCCUUCUUCGACUACGAGUUUCUUCAAACCGGUGGGGCUGUUCUGUGAUGGGUAGUCUCACUUAUAAAAGAUGUUUGGCUGCCAUUGUGUUUGCAGUGAUUCUGAAAUGGAUAAUCAGACUCUCUGAUAAGUGCUAUACUAAAGCAGCAGUGGCAGCCGAUGCCGGGACUUGCUCUGAGAUCGGGAGGGACAUAUUGAAGCGCAAAGGUUCAGCAGUUGACGCUGCUAUCGCUGCUCUGCUGUGUGUGAGUCUGGUUAAUACUCAAAGUGUGGCCAUUGGAGGAGGAGCAGUUUUCACCAUAUACAAUGCAUCAACAGGAAAGGUGGAGACAAUUAAUGCAAGAGAAACUGCUCCAAUGAGUGCUUCAGAAAACAUGUUUGGCAAAGACCCAGAGAAUGCAAAACCAGGAUUAUUUAUAGCUACACCAGGACUGCUGCGUGGUUAUGAGCUGGCACACAAAAGACACGGUAGACUGCAAUGGAAGGAGCUGUUUGAGCCCAGUAUAAAGCUGGCAUUAGAUGGAUUUCAGGUUGGCAGGGCCUUGGCCGAGGCCAUCAAUGAGACUAGUGACACAAUUCUGAAUAAUGCAGCGUUGUGUGAAGUUUUUUGUGGCUCACACAACAAGACCAUCUUAAAGGAAAAGGACACAAUAAGAUUUCUCAAACUAGCUCAAACCUAUAAGAAGAUAGCAGAAGAAGGAGCAGAUGCAUUUUACAAUGGGUCACUGACUCAGAAUAUACUGGAUGAUAUCAAGGCUGCAGGAGGGAUCAUAACACAUGAGGACCUAUGGGGUUAUAAGCCAGUGUUGAAUGAACAUGCAUUAAACUUCACUGUGGGGAAAUACAUAUUUCAUGCUCCUGAUGCUCCAUUCGGUGGACCUGUGCUCGCUCUCAUACUCAACAUACUCAAAGGUUACAACAUCUCAAGCAGCAGUGUGUCCACAACAGAGAAAAAGAUUUUGACCUAUCAUCGUAUGAUAGAGGCUUUCCGCUUCGCUAAUGUUCAGAAAGGUAAACUGGGAGACCCACUGUAUGAAAACGUCACUGAGAUUGUAAAAAGAAUGACCUCAGAGAGCCUUGCAGACAGGAUCAGGAAUAAGAUUAAAGAUGACUUCAAACAAACCAGUUACUAUGAGCAGGAGGACAGUGAUGGUGUACCUGAAGACCAUGGCACAUCUCACCUGUCUGUCCUCGCUGAAGAUGGGAGUGCAGUGGCCGUCACCAGCAGUAUCAAUAACUAUUUUGGUUCUGGAGUGAUGUCACGCUCAACAGGCAUUAUAUUUAAUGACCAAAUGAGGGAUUUCAUUGAUCCUGAGCUGACAAGUGGUCAUGGCAAAAACAACUUAAUUAAACCAGGUAAAAGGCCACUUUCAUCAAUGUGUCCCACAAUCAUUUUGGACAAACACAGCAAACAAGUGAAAAUGGUGGUCGGAGGUGCAGGUGGAACAAAUAUCACCACAUCAGUUGCUCAGGUGAUCCUGAACUAUCUGUUCUUUGGCUAUGACCUGCAGAAAGCUGUUAAAGAGCCCAGAGUUCAGAUCACAAUAAAUGAGACAGAUAUAGAAAAGGGCUUUGAUAAGAGUGUAAUUGAUGGUCUGAUGAUGAAGAAACAUACUAUAUACCGCAAUACUGUAUUAUCAGUGGUCCAGGCAAUUGUACGAGAGGGGGACAAAGUCUGUGCUGAAUCUGACCACAGGAAUUACGCCUAUCCUGCUGGAUACUGAGCACUGCUCCUGUGCUCAUGCUGCUGUAAUCAAAUGAGUUUAAUCCAGCAAAAGUAAAACCUCCAAAAUAGUUUGUUGGGGUGUUUUUAUGGGUGCCAAUAUAAUAUGAGCAGGUAAUGUACAAAAAGCUGUUCAUAAAUAACACGUAUUGAGAUAUUACGCAGUCAAGACACCUUUAUUUAUAUAGCACUUUCUGCAAUACAGAUUGUGUCAAAGCAGCUUUACAGUGUCAAACAGGAAAAUAGUUUGUCAAUAAUGCAAGAGGACAAUAACAGUCUUUUUUUUUUUUAAAUUAAAGUCAGUUUAUCAGUGAUUCAGUGAUGUAAUUGUCCAGCUCUAGUCUACUUGACAAGUGUUGUUCUGUCAAUGUUACAUAGGUGAAUAAAUGCAGAAAUUGAUGAA